AUGAGAUCACACAUCAUCGCACUUGCUUCUCUGACCUACUUGGUAGGCACAGUGCAAGCCCAGACACAGAUGGACUCAGGACCAAAAUACGACUUUAUCAUUGUGGGCGGAGGGACGAGCGGAUUAGUUAUUGCCAACAGACUCUCGGAAAACAAAAGGGUUACCGUCGCUGUCAUCGAAGCCGGGGAUUCAGUCUUCCACAAUCACAAUGUCACCAAUGUUGCCGGCUACGGCCAUGCUUUCGGCACACAUAUCGAUUGGGCAUACGAAACCGAAGAUCAAAAAUAUGCUGGCGGAUCGAAACAAAUAAUGCGUGCCGGGAAAGCUAUCGGCGGAACAAGCACCAUCAACGGAAUGUCCUACACUCGAGCGCAGAGUGUCCAAAUUGACGCUUGGGAAUUAUUCGGAAACAAGGGUUGGAACUGGGGCAGUCUCCUCCCAUACUAUCAAAAAUCCGAAAAGUUCGAGAUACCCAGUCAGAACCAGUUCUCUCGAGGGGCCGACUACUAUAUCACCUAUCACGGGGAGACUGGCCCUCUGAACGUGGGCUGGCCUAUUGAUAUUACGAACCGCAGCAUGCUUCCCACGCUUGACCAAACGUUUAACCAAUUAGGUGUUCCUUAUAACCGCGAUGCCAAUGGCGGCAGCAUGGUCGGACUCACUUCUCACCCUAAUACAGUCAACACGAAGGAGAAUGUUCGAGAAGAUGCUGCAAGAGCUUACUACUGGCCGUACCAGAACCGUCCCAAUCUCAAGAUCAUUACGAACACCUUCGCUAAUAAGAUCAUCUGGGCGAACAAUUCUCACAGUGAAGCAGUCGCAAUCGGAGUGGAAGUUACCACCUCCCACGGUAUCGAGACUAUAUACGCCUCCAAGGAAGUCAUUCUGUCAGCUGGCUCUUUGAAAUCACCCGUCCUCUUGGAGUUAUCCGGAAUUGGCAAUCCGGAUAUUCUCCGUAAGUAUGAUAUCCCAGUCAAAGUUAACAUUUCCACCGUCGGUGAGAAUUUGCAGGACCAGACAAACAACGGCGUUCAUUAUCAGGGCACGGAAUUUUGGCUCGGCUAUCCGACAUUCUCUGUUCUGGCGUCUGCUAACCAAAUAUACGGAAAUAACGUGUCAAACGUUGCUUCCUAUGUCAAUUCAAGCAUGGUUGAGUAUGCAAAGGUUGUGUCUAACUCAUCUAAGGGAGCAGUUCAAGAAGCCAAUAUUCUGGCCGCUUUCAAGCUUCAGUAUGAUUUGAUCUUUGAAUCGCAGGUUCCCUACGCCGAAAUCGUUCUUCUACCAAUUGAAGGGAUGUUCAUGUCUGAGUACUGGCCGCUACUUCCCUUCUCGAGAGGCAGUAUCCACAUCAAAUCCGCAAAUGCCUCAAUGCCAGCCUCCAUCAACCCGAACUACUUUAUGUUCAAACAGGACCUCGAUGCCCAGGUCGACGUUGCUCGGUUUAUUCGUAAGGCAUUCAUGACAGAUCCUCUGAGUGACCUUGUGGGAGACGAGUUUGCCCCCGGGGUGGACAAUCUCCCCGACGAUGCGCCUACCUCGGAAUGGGAUGACUGGGUCAAGUCGAACUACCGGUCCAACUUCCACCCAGUCGGAACUGCCAGCAUGCUUCCACGUAACAGGGGAGGUGUCGUCAGUCCCGAACUCAAAGUCUACGGCACCAGGAAUGUCCGGGUAGUUGACGCCUCCGUCCUACCGUUCCAACUUUGUGGACAUUUGACAAGCACCCUUUACGCCGUGGCCGAAAAGGCGGCCGAUAUAAUCAAGAAGCAAUACCGUCUCUAG